AUGAACUUCUUCAUCAGUAUUGAUGAAGUUGGUGAAGCAUUAUCACGUGUAGAUCAAAUAGACGAGGCUAUCAACCACAUCAAGAACCUGGAGACAAAGGUGAAGAUAGCGGAGAAGUACAGAGAAAGUUUAAGGGAAAGGAAGAGAUCUCGUAGUGGAUGUUCUAGUUCUUCUGAAGCAACGAAAGUUGAGGUUCAUGAAAUGGGUUCCUUGCUACGAAUCACUCUGGUGUGUGGCUUCGAGGAUCAGUUCAUUUUAAGGGAAAUUAUUCGUAUGCUUCAUGAAGACAACAUAGAAGUCAAGACAGUUCAUUCCUCGCUCUCGUCUGCGACCUCGUCGCUACAUGUUGUCAACGCUGAGAUUCAGCAAUCCUAUAACUUAGGAACAGCCGUUUUCAUUGAGAGACUGAAAAUAUUUGUGAACGGACAUGGGUAG